AUGAGCGUGGCGGGGAAGCAGCCGCCUCCAGCACCGCUUGAGCGCCCCGGCAGCCUCCUCGUCCCCACCUGGACUAAAACUGGUAUUGCUUUGUUGUAUGACGAAGUGUCUGAAAAUGCUUAUGACAUCCGACUGAAGCUCACAAAAGAGGUAUUAACAAUUCAAAAACAAGAUGUCGUCUGUGUUAGUGGAAGUGAUCACAGUGCAAAUCACAGAACUGUUACACUUCGUAGACAACCAGUUGGUGGCUUGGGCUUAAGCAUAAAGGGUGGUGCUGAGCACAAAGUGCCUGUCGUCAUAUCAAAAAUGUUUAAAGACCAAGCAGCUGACCAAACAGGAAUGUUAUUUAUAGGAGAUGCAAUAAUGCAGGUUAAUGGUAUUAAUGUAGAAAGUGCUACUCAUGAAGAAGUGGUACACCUACUGCGAAAUGCUGGCGAUGAAGUUACCAUCACUGUUCAGUACCUCAGGGAAGCUCCAUCAUUUUUAAAGCUUCCAUUAGGUUCCCCUGGACCAUCCAGUGAUCACAGCAGUGGAGCUUCAUCACCUCUCUUUGAUAGUGGCUUACAUUUAAAUGGAAACUCAAUUAAUACUGCUCCAUCAUCACCUUCUUCACCCAUAGCUAAUGAACCAAAAUAUGAGAAGCGCUGGCUAGACACCUUGUCAGUUCCUCUGUCAAUGGCUCGAAUCUCGAGGUACAAAGCUGGAACAGAUAAAUUAAGAUCUAAUGCAUUUGAAGUGCUGGCACUCGAUGGAGUUAGUACUGGGAUACUUCAGUUUUAUACAGCCCAGGAGAGUGCUGACUGGCUGAGAGCAAUAUCAACUAACAUCAGUGAUUUGACACUUCAAAAUAUGAAAAUGGCAAAUAAAUGCUGUUCUCCCUCAGACCAGGUCAUACAUAUGGGAUGGGUACAUGAGAGACUUGAAGGAACUGAUUCAUCUCAGCUCUACAAAUUCAAGUUUCUGGCACUGAAGGGUUCAUCCUUCUACAUUUUCAGUACUCCACCGGUAAGCACACUAGACUGGGUACGAGCUGAAAAAAUCUAUAACCUCUGUGAGGUUCUAUUUAAAAUUCACAAGAUGAAGAAUCACAUACUGAAACAUGUCUUUCAGCUCUGGCUUGCUGAUGAUUGCUGGCUACAAGCAAACUUGUAUUUAGGUAUUCAUCAGGACUUUGAUCUUGAAGACCACAGGCCAUAUUGUUUCAGUGUUAUGGUUGGACAUGGCAAGAGUCAUUAUUUCAAUGUAGAGCUGUGCAGCGAGCUGGCAGUGUGGGAGAAAUCAUUUCAAAGAGCAAUUUUCUUGGAAGUUCAAAGAACGGGGUCUAAAACGUAUAUGUGCAGUUGGCAAGGGGAUACCCUAUGUUUCACUGUUGACUUUGCUCUGGGAUUUACCUGUUUUGACAGUAAAACAAAGAACGUGCUGUGGAGAUUUAAAUUCUCUCAGCUCAAAGGCUCUUCAGAUGAUGGGAAAACAAGAGUAAAGCUGCUUUUUCAGAAUCUAGACACCAAACAAAUUGAGACAAAGGAACUUGAAUUUCAGGAUUUGACGGCAGUAUUACACUGUAUUCACUCCUUUAUAGCAGCAAAAGUGGCAUCUGUGGAUCCAGUAUUCAUAGACAGCCAGAGCAUUGCAAGAAAAUAUAUGUACAGUAACUGA